CAUCCUUUACCUAACUUCUUGUGGUGGUGUUUUUUUCUCUCAGCAUCGAUAUCUUUUCUUAUGACGAUAGAACGAGUCCUUCGCAUGAAAGGUGGUGUGGGAGAAAAAAGUUAUGCAAAUAAUUCCUUAUUACAGAGAAAAGUGAUAAUGAAAGUGGCAGCUAUAGUGGAAGAGAAUUUAAAACCGUUGAUGUCCAACACAACUUUUAAUGGUUGUUUUAAAGUAGCUGAUUUAGGUUGCUCUUCAGGACCAAAUACACUUUUGGUCAUCUCUAAUAUCUUGAACAUCAUCAUUGAAAUUAGCUUGAAGUUAAACCAUGAGACACCUGUAUUUCAAAUUUAUCUCAAUGAUUUAUUUGAAAAUGAUUUCAAUACAAUCUUCAAGUUACUCCCUGAUUUCUACAAGAGUAUACAACAAGAAAAAGGAGAAAAUGUUGGAGCAUGCUUCAUAAAUGCAACACCUGGAAAUUUUUAUGGACGACUCUUUCCUACUAAUUAUAUCAACUUCUUUCAUUCCUCCUAUUGUCUCCAUUGGCUAUCACAAGCACCCAAAGAUUUGGCCAAUAAUGCAAAACCACUCAACAAGGGAAAUAUUUACAUAUCAAGAACAAGUCCUCCAUCGGUCUAUGAAGCAUAUUUUGUGCAAUUUGCAAGAGAUUUCAAGUGUUUUCUAAAGUCACGCUUCGAAGAAAUAGUAUCAGAUGGUAUGAUGGUACUAACAUUCAUUGGCAGAGAAACAUCAAAUGAAAUUACUUCUAUUCAAGAGGUACUUGGCCUGGUACUCAACGAGAUGGUCCAAGAGGGUUUAGUUGAAGAGGAGAAAUUAGACUUGUUUAAUUUUCCAACAUACCAUCCUACUGUAGAGGAAGUAAGACAAGUGAUUGAGGCAGAAGGAUCUUUUACACUUCAAGUAAUGAAAACUUUUAAAAUGGGUUGGGAUGCAAACCUCCAUAAUGAUGGUAUUGUUGAUAGCAAAAUGAGAGGGGAGCUUAUAGCCAAGUACCACAGAGCUGUUUUUGAACCUCUUUUAAUAGACGGGUUUGGUGAAAAUAUCAUGGAUGAAUUGUUCUCAAGAUUUGCAAAGCUGCUUGCACAGCUCAUUGAGUUAGAGACAUUAGAGUUUACUAAUAUUGUAUUGCUCUUGACAAAGGGUCUUUGAAAAUAGCCAAGAAUAUCAAUAAUAUGAAUCAAAAGUAGAAUAAAAUGGUAAUUAAAAUAAUGUUGCCAUAGUUUUGUUGUUUGUCCUUUUCAUUCUUGUAUUGUUUUAACACAUGGAGUUGUA